AUGCGAUCCUUCAUAAAGGCCCAUAAGAAGUCCACGUCUUUUGACGAAAGUCCCAAACGACAUAGCAACUUCAGCACCAAUACUAAUAAUAGCUCUCAGAGGUCAAGUAAUGAUUCUUUGGAUUUUCUACCCUCCACUCCAUCACAAAUGAACUAUGACAACAUACCUACAACAGCGAAGCACUCGCCUGGAUUUGAGUCUUUUCAUCGUUUAGCUAACAAGACUUCGAAGUUGUUCAAGAAGACUUCAAAUUCGAAUUUGAACUCCCAUUUAACUGCUACUUCAACCGUCAAUUCGAACCCAGCCACAUCUAGCACAUUCAUCCUUCAGAAUCCGCCUGUGAAGAAUGUUGCACCGCCACUACCGGUGCCACCGCCACUUUUACCCACCUCUUCUACCUCUUCUUUUUCGCAACACGACAAUGAUGUUGAAUCUGCUAUACCCAAGAAAACCUCUCCCACAAGAGAUCUUAAUAAAGCCACAGACCCCUUGCCUGCUAUCAAGGGCACAAUCACUCAUUCCUGGGGCGACGCCAAGGUUGAACCGCAUGUUAUUAUACUAAACGACCCUGCUUCCCCCGCAUCAAAUACAUCUGACGCGACUUCAUCUAAACAAUUCAGACAUUCAUUACUUGGGAAUGAAAAUGCAAUAUCGUCUACAUCAUCGUCUAAUCUGGAACCUGCCGUAAGGAUAUCAAACAAAAACAAGAGUAAGCAACAGGAAGACGAUGAUGAUAUAGACGACGAGUUUCCGAGGAAGGAACAGCAUAUUUAUAAUGCGCUAGCACUGGCCAAGAAUAGAAAUAGACAAGCAAGGAUUCAUUCUCAUGACGAUAUAAUAAACUUGGGAAAGGCUUCUCAAAUGGACAUGAGCUUACUAGCCGCGGCGUUCUCCGGAAAUUCUAUAACUACCAUCAAUAAUGAUCAAUCUUCCAAUGAGCAAACUGAUGAAAAGAUACUGGACAUUGAAAGAGUAACUACUGCGUCUACUUUAACUUCCUCUGAAACCGCAUCACUAAUAAAUAAAUCCCCCGAUUUUUAUAGCCAGCCGCUCACCCUAUCUCCCAAGAUACGACACGGUGAUUUAUUAUCACCACCUUUAAAAGUCAAUAAAAAUGAAGAACAAAGUGAAGGUUUAACUAAGAAAAAAGUAAGAAUCAAUCUAGAGAAGAAAGAAAGGAAAGACAUAUAUUCCCUCGAGAAUAAUUCUGACGAAUAUCCCCUUAAUGGAACCUCAAAGGUGUAUAAAGUCAGUGAUUGCGAUGAAGAAACGCCCGACGAAGAAGAAGAAGAAGGAGAAGAUUAUGAUGAUGAUGAUGAUGGUGACAACGAGUCGGAAUUUUCUUUUGAAUAUGCUGGCAUAAAUGUAAGAACAUCAUCCGUCAAGUAUUAUUCCAAACCAGAACCAGCGGCUAAUGUCUACAUAGACGAUCUAUAUGAGGACGAAAUUUUUGAUGACGAUAUGAACUGCAUAGAAGAUAAUGAGAGCGAUGUUGAGGGAAAUGAUAUGAACCAUUUGUCAGCCGGAUUCGAAGAGAAAUCCUUGAUUAACAGUAAAGUUAAGAAGUAUAAUGAUCUUUUUGAUUUGACCGAUGACGAAGAUGAUAAUGAAGAACAGGAAGAAUCAGAGUGCAUAGAGAAGAGCCGCGACGAUGACUAUAAUGAUGACUAUGAGGAUGAUGCCGUUCUUGGUGAGAUAAUCGGUGAUAACGAGUUGCUCCCAAAAAGUACAACAGUCAAGAAGCCCGUUCACAGAUACAACGACCUCUUUGACUUGUCCGAUGAAGACGAGGAGGGUGAGUCUGAACUGGAAUCACAUAUGCUUUCGGAUGAAGUUUCCAGUAGAGGCAGUGGUUCGGUAUUGAAUGGAAAGCCAACGCCAGCAAUUUAUAGUCAAUCUAAUAAAAAUGUAACGAUGCCGGAGAUGAAAUCAAUUGGUAAUUUUUCGCGGGAAGAAAAUAAUUCAAGAAACGAUACUAAGCAUAUUUCUAUUACAAAAGCGUCUCCCGAACUUCCUACCGCGAAGCCUAAAGUCAAAUCAUUUUCGGAUAUAUUUAAUAUUGAUGACAUUGAAAGUGGCAUUGAAAGCGAUGAUGACACUAGACCUAGCAAUAUCAAUUACCUAAUAUCCAAUGAUUCGAAAUGUCAAGCUUUUUUGGAAACUGCCUCACAAGAAAACAAUCUAGAGCCAUGCAUUUCCAAUUACUCUCAUUUGCGACUGCCUCAAACACCCGCCAAGAUUUUGGUAACCGCGAGCGGUUCAGCAAUGUGUUCGGAAACUAGUGCACCCACUAAUGAUGAUGAUGAUGACGCUAAUAGUAUCUUAAGAACUCCUUUUCAACUCAUAGACCCGACUCAUUUGAAUCCACUUUCUUGUGCGAGUCCGCAGUUCAACACCCCACCACUUCCGCCACCUGCAAGAUCACAGUCGCUAAAGUACCAUGACUUGAAUUGUAAUUUGGAUUCAGAAGUCCCCAGACCAAUGAGUAACCUUUUCUUCAUUGAUGAAGCUGAGGAGGACGAAUAUAAUCAGAAGAAUAGGAUUGUGGAUUAUGACCGCUAUGACAUUGAUGAGAUCAAUGGUAUACCAGAGGAUUUCAAUUUUUCGGACUCUGAAAGAGACGAUUCAAAUAGUCGUGGUGCGCUGAAAUCACCUUUACGACGUGGUUCUAGAAAUAGAGAUACUCUUCUGUUUUCGUCUGUGUCAUCUUCUUUUAGGGGCACGCAUAGCUUCAAUGGUAAAUUGACGAUUAACCAGGGUGCCAAAGAAUUAUCUCCAAUGAAAAAUAAGAUAGAACUGACUAACAAGACUGUCACAUUCUUCAACAAUAGCAACAAUUUGUACACCUACGACAGUAACUCACUCUCUCGAAAGUCUUCAUCCCAGAAGAGAGACAACAAAUAUCAAAUGCAAGCUUUUUCUCAGAACGUCGAGCCUUCAAAUGUUCCCCCUCAGCAGAAACAAAUUCUAAAUGAGCCAGAUGAAGAAGAUAAUGACAAUUAUGUGAUCUCAUCAACUUUACCGAAAACUGUUACUCCGACCAAUUCAUUCAAUAAGCCUAACCCAGAAUUUAUGAACGAUUAUUCAUUGAGUCCAAUUCAGGAAACUUCAUCUUCUGUUCAGAGCUCGCCAAGAAGGAUAUAG